GGUAGUUCUACUUCCACUACAGGUGUACAAAUUAGAUUUUUCCCGAGAAAAAUGUUAGCGAGAGACUAACUCCAAUGGAGUAGAUUCAACCCAGUCUUACGCCUAGACGGCCACAAGCCCCCGCCAUCUCCAAUGGAGUAGAUUCACCUCCGCUCAGCAACAAACAAAGUAGCCAAGGCCGAAUCCAGCAACAAAGCAAGAGCCUCUCCAUUUUUUUCUUCUCUCAUUUUAAUUUUCUUCAGAACAUGGAGAUCUGGAGAGCUACCAAUCGUCUACUGAAAUGUGGUUCUAAGCAACUUCUUGAUCAUCAAUCAAACCGCCAUUUCCUCACUUCUUCCGGUUGCCUAGCUUCAGGUUUUAUGUACGGUUUUCCCAAACCUCUUGGAUCACUAAUUCCUCAUAUUGUGAAUUACCAAAAAUACCUUCACACAUAUUGCCGGUCACCAUAUUACCUGGGUGCAACCAGUUGCAGUGUACAGUCUAGAUGUUUUUCAUCAGAACCAACUGCAAUCAGGAGGAACCCAAAAUUUUCAACAAUAAACUCAGAUGAUAUUAGCCAUUUCAAGAAGAUAUUAGGAGAAAGAGGUGUAGUUGAAGAUAAGGAAACACUUAAGACGGCGAACAUGGACUGGAUGCAGAAAUACAAGGGUGCAAGUAAACUUAUGCUCAAACCAGGAAGCACAGAAGAGGUUUCUCAGAUUCUUAAACAUUGCAAUUCCAGAUGCCUUGCUGUUGUUCCUCAAGGUGGAAAUACAGGCCUUGUGGGAGGGAGUGUUCCUGUGUUUGAUGAGGUGAUUAUCAAUCUCGGUUCGAUGAACAAAAUAAUUUCCUUUGACAAGGUUAGUGGUAUACUAGUAUGUGAAGCAGGUUGCAUUUUGGAAAACCUGAAUUCUUUCCUAGAUAUCCAAGGGUUUGUUAUGCCACUAGAUCUAGGGGCUAAGGGAAGCUGCCAAAUUGGUGGAAACGUCUCAACAAAUGCUGGUGGAUUGCGACUUCUCCGCUAUGGCUCACUCCAUGGGAAUGUUCUUGGUGUUGAAGCUAUUUUACCAAAUGGCACUGUGCUUGACAUGCUUGGAACUUUACGAAAAGAUAAUACCGGAUACGACUUGAAGCAUUUAUUUAUUGGAAGUGAAGGAUCCCUGGGGAUCAUAACUAAGGUUUCCAUACUUACUCCUCCAAAGUUGUCUUCAGUAAACCUAUGCUUUCUUGCUUGCAAUGAUUAUGCCAGCUGCCAGAAACUCUUGUGGAAUGCAAAAAAAAAGCUCGGGGAAAUUCUGUCUGCAUUCGAAUAUUUGGAUUCCACUGCAAUGGAUCUGGUUUUGAAACAUUUAAAUGGAGUUCGUAAUCCAUUACCGUCCUCUACUUACAACUUCUACGUCCUGAUAGAGACAACAGGGAGCAACGAAAUUCAUGACAAGGAGAGAUUGGAGACCUUUUUGCUAGACUCGAUGGAAAGUGGCUUGAUACCUGAUGGAGUUGUUGCACAAGAUAUAAAUCAAGCAUCAUCAUGCUGGCAUAUUCGCGAGGGUAUACCUGAAGCUUUGAAGAAUGCUGGAGCUGUAUACAAAUAUGAUUUGUCACUACCUAUUGAAAAAAUGAAUGAUCUAGUUGAGGAAAUGCGAACAUGUCUAGAUGCUAGAGCGAAAGUGGUAGGAUAUGGUCACCUUGGGGAUGGAAACCUGCAUCUUAAUAUAUCUGCGCCACAGUAUGAUGACAAUCUUUUGUCGCAAAUCGAACCUUUCGUCUAUGAGUGGACAUCUAAACAUCGUGGAAGCAUCAGUGCUGAGCAUGGACUUGGAUUAAUGAAAGCCAAUAAAAUUCAUUACAGCAAGUCAUCGGAGACGGUACAAUUAAUGGCAUCUGUUAAGAGGUUGCUUGAUCCUAAUGGAAUUCUCAACCCAUAUAAAAUUCUACCCUCUUCGUUUUCAAUUCAACAGUGAGGCUGUACUCAUCUGAACUCUUGUUGGAUACAUGAAUUGCUUAGACGUCAACUAAAACGACCUCCAGAACAGGUAUGAUGGGUGACUGACCUUGGUGAUCCUGUGUGGAUUGUAGGCUUAUUUUUGCUUUCUAGGGACACUUGUCUCUAAGAUGUGAUGGUAUGUAACAAAAAAUGUUGUAAAAAUAUGUGAUGGUAUGUAACAAAAAAUGUUGUAAAAAGAUGUGAUGGUAUGUAAAACAUUCAUUCUUGAAUUUCACCUGUGUGCAGAGUAGUACACAAAUGUGUGAAUCAUGUAAUCUUUUUAU